CCCCAAACCCCAUGGAUGACCUUGGCUGGGCCCUUCUGCUUUGGGCCUCAGUUUCCUCUUGUGGAAUAUGAGGACGAUAAUGUGGAUCCUGGGGCUGGUGACAGACAGUGGAAGAACCAAGAAGAAGAUCCAGGGUGUGAACCCACACUUCUCAGAGCGCUCCUUCAGGAUGUCCUGGCGUCCACAAUACCGCAGCUCCAAGUUCCGGAACGUCUACGGGAAGGUGGCCAACCGGGAGCACUGCUUCGACGGUAUCCCCAUCACCAAGAAUGUGCACGACAACCACUUCUGUGCUGUCAAUGCCCGCUUCCUGGCCAUUGUCACCGAGAGCGCGGGAGGUGGCUCCUUCCUGGUCAUCCCCCUGGAGCAGAUUCUGCUCACACCGUGCCUACCACGUGGCUGGCCUCACUCUGUUUUCACACCUGUUCCUGCUACACCCACUGGGCUCCUCGAGACCAGGGACAAUGCCCUCCCAUCCUUCCGUUCCAACACCCAGGAUUCCACCAGGAUACUGGGCCAGGAUCUUUUAGGACCAAGAAACGUUUUGAGACGGGCAGGAUUGAACCCAACUACCCCAAGGUCUGUGGUCACCAAGGCAACGUGCUGGACAUCAAGUGGAACCCAUUCAUUGACAACAUCAUUGCCUCAUGCUCAGAGGACACGUCGGUGCGGAUCUGGGAGAUCCCCGAGGGUGGGUUGAAGCGGAACAUGACAGAGGCUCUCCUCGAGCUGCACGGGCACAGCCGGCGCGUGGGGCUGGUCGAGUGGCACCCCACGACCAACAACAUCCUCUUCAGUGCCGGCUAUGACUACAAGGUCCUCAUCUGGAACCUGGACGUGGGUGAGCCGGUGAAGAUGAUAGACUGUCACUCAGAUGUGAUCCUCUGCAUGUCCUUCAACACCGACGGCAGCCUGCUCACCACCACGUGCAAGGACAAGAAGCUUCGCGUGAUUGAGCCACGCUCUGGCCGCGUCCUGCAGGAGGCAAACUGCAAAAACCACAGAGUGAACCGAGUGGUGUUCCUGGGAAACAUGAAGCGACUGCUCACGACAGGGGUCUCCAGGUGGAACACGAGACAAAUCGCCCUCUGGGACCAGGAGGACCUAUCCAUGCCCCUGAUCGAGGAGGAAAUUGAUGGGCUGUCGGGCCUCCUGUUCCCUUUCUACGAUGCUGACACCCACAUGCUCUACCUGGCUGGAAAGGGAGAUGGAAACAUCCGGUACUACGAGAUCAGCACUGAGAAGCCCUUCUUGAGUUACCUCAUGGAGUUCCGCUCCCCAGCCCCGCAGAAAGGCCUAGGGGUCAUGCCCAAGCACGGGCUGGAUGUGUCGGCUUGCGAGGUGUUCCGCUUCUACAAGCUGGUGACUCUCAAGGGCCUGAUUGAGCCCAUCUCCAUGAUCGUACCCCGGAGGUCGGAUUCCUACCAGGAAGACAUUUACCCCAUGACGCCAGGCACGGAGCCAGCUCUGACCCCUGAUGAAUGGCUGGGGGGCAUCAACCGAGAUCCCGUGCUCAUGUCUUUGAAGGAAGGCUAUAAGAAGUCCUCAAAAAUGGUAUUUAAGGCUCCCAUCAAAGAAAAGAAGAGCGUUGUGGUCAAUGGAAUAGAUUUAUUAGAGAAUGUCCCACCCAGGACAGAGAACGAGCUCCUCCGAAUGUUCUUCCGGCAGCAGGAUGAGAUCCGGCGGUUGAAAGAAGAGCUGGCCCAGAAGGACAUCCGCAUUCGGCAGCUGCAGCUGGAACUGAAAAACUUGCGCAACAGCCCCAAGAACUGUUAGCUCGCCGGCUGGGCUGCCUUCUAAGCUGACCUCCGAUCUCUCCGUGGUUUCUACUCGUCCCUUAACUUCCCCUUCUCCGGUGACCCCAGGGACAUAGCCGGGACUGGAGCUGGGGACAGCCUGAGGACCCCACCUGCCGCCUCCAGGACUGGAAGCUGACCUUUGAUCUCUUGACCUCAUGCUAAUAAAGUCCCCAGCCUCUCCUGGAGACCCACCCUUUGGCGGCCACCCCAGGAGCCAGCUUCUCCCCUGCGGGGCAAAGAGCACGGGCUCCCUGAGGGGUGUCCUCAAUGGACCAGGGAGCAGAGGGGGAGGCCAGGACCCCCAGUACUCACAGAACUUGAACUUUUGUCGCUGGGACGUCUCGGCACUCCCCGCUGGGGCUCCCAACAUCCCCGCUGGACUGCACAGAAAGGGCUGGAUUAACAGGCAUCAGCUGUUUUGCCUCCCCUCCCCGCACCUCCCUUUCUUCCCCUGCAGCCAGCCCCACAAGGCUCACUCACCUGACAAGGGUUGCAAGCAGCCCGGCUCCUUUCUGUCUCUCGCCCCCCUCUCUUGUCUUCAGGGAAUUAAGAGGAUUGCUCGCCAAGGCCAUAAUGACCCCUUGCCUUCCCAUGAUUCUCUUCAAAGCUCUUGGAACACCCUUCUCCCAUUUAACUUGUGAGGUAGGCAGGGUAGGGAAUAGUGUCCCCGUUUCACAAAGGACAGAACUGAGGGUUGCAUUGGGGAAGUGACUUACUAAGUCACCCGGAAGGUCAACAGUUGGCCCAGGACCAGGACCCAGUGUAUCCAGACUCCGGGCCAGGGCCCUUCCCAGUGCGUCACGAGGCGGGUCCCACAGGGGCUUCGCCAGUGCCCAGGUCUCUGUGGAGAAUGAGAGCCGGAAGCCACUGCUCCCGUCUGCCCAACACCAGUAAUGCCAAUGUAUCACACUGCCUAGUUGAGGCCCUCCACACUCAGUGCCCCUCUACCCUCCUGGCCCCCACCUGCUGCUCUCACUCCCCAGGUGACUCCCUCAGAUGAGGCCUCUUCCUCCUGGAAGCUGAGGCUGAGAGGGGUGGAGCUCGGCCCUGGGGAAGGCAGAGCAGGGGUCUGACCACUUGAGGGCUGCUCCACGUGUGCCCCUCACCGCUUGUGUCUCAGCCACUUUCGGCCUUACACUUGUAGAACGACCACAGCCCCUCGCGUCCGUAUAGCACUUUAAAGUUUACGCGGUUCUUUGACACGUAGGGUCUCAGUUGAGCCUCACAUCCGCUCCAAGAAGGAGGGAGCAUCCUCCCUCCAUUUUGCAGAUGAGGAAAACAGGAGUGGCCCAAGGUCACGCAACUCUUUGAGACGCCAGAUUUCAUUUGGUCUUCUACACAUUUUCUUUUUUCUUCCCUUGUUUUCUCCCUUCAUUGCCCACUACCCACCGAGUCUAUAAACACUGCUCUCAGAAAAGCCACAGUCUGGGGGUGAGAUCUGGCCUGGGGGGGGUCAAGAAACGGGUGUCCACUCCUCUCUCGUUAGCAUUAUGCCCCCACACCUGCUUGUCCCUUGGCCGCCCUGCAGCACAUCCAUCCACAGAGGCCAGGGUUCCCUAAGCGCGCCCCCCCCCCCCCCCGACAGGUGACCUGGGCGGGGAAAGCCCCACCCCUUGGGCUUUUCCUCCAAGAACCCUCCACCCUCUCCGCCAGCUAAAGCAGGGUCUCCUCGCCCUCCACCCCCUGCAGCUAGACAGUGUCCCCUCUCAUCUCCUCACACUUCUUGACCGUUUUUUUCUUCCCCGGUGACCUUUGUGGUCUUUUGUGAUUAUUUAUGCUGCCUCCCAAGGAUAGAAUUGAAAUAAAAUGUUUUCAACUUCUCA